ACACAAGCGACCACUGGCUUCUUCAUUUGGUGCUCCUAAACUGCGCAAUUCGCAGCACGGGUCUCCUCUAACCUCUUUGUUUUUCUCGGGAACCAAACAGAAAUUUAUUCCGCAUAUACACACAGUGUGAUCUCAUGAAUCACUUUUUUUGCCCUUUCCCGACUUUCCCAAUGCUGCAAAGUGCCUUCAUGACUUCGCGGCACCUCACCGCCAGAAACUGAAAAAACUCCAUUGGAGCUCUGCGGUACUGAAUUGGUUUACAAUCUGAAAGGGAAAGCGUCUCGGAAUCAAUGGGAGACGCUAAUUACGAGAGGGAAUUGGACGUGGCGGUUCGCGCUGUUCAUAUGGCCUGCGCCCUUUGCCAGAGAGUUCAAGCAGGGUUGGUUUCACACGGCACCGGGCAGGUCAAGUCCAAGGAUGAUGAUUCUCCCGUUACUGUUGCAGAUUGGAGUGUUCAAGCAAUAGUUAGUUGGAUACUGGCAGAAUCAUUCCAGGAUCAAAAUGUCUCCAUAGUAGCCGAAGAAGAUGUUCAAACCCUUUCAAAGGCUGAAUUAGCCGACUUGCUGGCAUCAGUCACAAAGACUGUUAACGAAAGCUUGGCCGAGGCACCAAAAUAUGGUCUUCAAAGUCCCAAGAAGGCCCUGGGAGCCACCCAAGUUCUCGAGGCUAUCAGCAGAUGCAACUCAACAGGUGGCCCUACUGGAAGACACUGGGUCCUUGACCCUGUGGAUGGAACAUUAGGGUUUGUUCGGGGGGAUCAGUAUGCUAUAGCUCUAGCUUUGAUUGAGGAUGGAAAAGUCAUAAUGGGAGUUCUUGGUUGUCCCAAUUACCCUAUGAAGAAUGGUUGGCUAAACCAUCAUCAUCAUCAGUAUGAUGAAAGCAUGUCUUCCUCAGCUACUGACACAUGGGAGAAAGGAUGUGUGAUAUAUGCACAGAAGGGCAGUGGAAAGGCAUGGAUGCAGCCGUUGGUACAGCAGAACAAGAUGCUUGAAUGGCCAAACUCCGCAAGGCAGAUCAAGGUUUCAUCAAUUGAUGACCCGGGACUAGCUACAUUCUGUGAACCAGUAGAGAAGGCUAAUUCAAACCACUCGUUUACUGCUGGAGUUGCUCAUAGUAUGGGUUUCAAAAACCAACCGUUGCGAGUUCAUAGCAUGGUAAAAUAUGCAGCCAUUGCUCGAGGAGAUGCAGAAAUAUUCAUGAAAUUCGCAAGGUGUGGCUACAAAGAGAAGAUAUGGGAUCAUGCUGCAGGAGUGGUCAUUGUAGAGGAAGCUGGUGGGGUAGUAACUGAUGCUGGAGGGCGCCCUCUGGACUUCUCGAGAGGAACUUACUUGGAAGGCCUUGACCGGGGGAUAGUUGCUUGCUGCAGUGCCAAACUACAUGAAGGAUUCAUUGGAGCUGUUUAUGCUAGUUGGGAUUCUUCCAACCUUUGAAGGGGCUUUUAUAAUUCACAAUAUAUAUCUCCGAAACAUCAUAUCUAAAUACACUAAGCUGGUGGUUGAGUAUCACAGAAGGAGAGAUGAUUACUCGAAAGAAUCUGCUGGUGCUCGAGCUGGAGGUUGACUCUGUUUAAAGGGUUACGUUGUGGAAUCUUAAGUUUGCCAGAUUAUAGUGAUCCACAACCUUUUGUACAAUGGAACAGAGUUCAGUCGGUUGGGUGGAACAGCAUCGAACUUUAACGCUUCAGUUGAGGCCAUCAAGUUAGUGCCAUAUGCUUCUUCAAAGGCCACUUGAAAGCUUCACGACCUUAACUUUGAAUGAUAACCAAUUUUAGAGACUAGAUUUAAGUACUGCGUUAUUAUUUUCAUUAAUCUUUAUGGUGGUGGCUCGAUGGAAAUACUCAUUUUACAUAUAACUUGUGAAAAUUCGAA